AAUCUCUAUUGGAAAGUUUGUAUAAUCUGUAUGAGAUAUUGACAUCGGGUCUUUUCACGACUAUAAUGUAUAUUUUACAGUAGAUAUUACAUGCGUACCUAGUUUGAACAAUUCAAUAACAAUGUCUAGGCUUCUGAGCGCGGUUUUUCAACCACUACGGUUUAUGACCAACACUUUAAAAACAUUUGGGCAAUGUUCGCCAAAUACUAGUUUAGUUAAGCCUGAAUAUCCUUUAUUAGCUUCUGUAAGGACCAAAGUUCGCUGUUAUUUCCCACGACCGAAUGAAGUUAGACGAGUCAGGCGUCACGGUUGGAAUACCAGGAUAUCGACCCCAAAUGGAAGGAGAGUUAUUAUGAGACGACUAUUAAAAGGGAGAUUUGUUUUAACCCAUUGAAUUAUUGUUAGUAGGUUUUAAUAAGUUAGUAAAUAAUAUAAAAUAAAUAA